CCCCCAUCGCCAGACGAUGCUUUUGGACGCUGGACCUCAAUAUCCUACUCUCGGAGUGACUACUUUCGGCUCAUCUCGACAUCACUCAACAGGCGAUGUCAACGACCGAGAAGUAGGGCUGGGGAUCAAUCCUUUCGCUGACGGGAUGGGUGCUUUUAAGAUCAGCCCCAGCACUCACGAUCUCGCAUCGGGUCAAACAGCCUUCACGUCGCAGGCUCCGGGCUACGCCGCUGCUCUGGGUCACCAUCCGAGCCAUGUGAGUUCGUACAGCAGCGCAGCGUUCAACUCGACCCGGGACUUUCUGUUUCGCAAUCGGGGCUUCGGGGAAGCGGCGGCGGCGGCCAGUGCCGGCCACAGCCUGUUCGCUUCGGCGGCGGCUGCGGGCAGCUUCGCGGGACCUCAUGGACAUACUGACGCCGCGGGGCACCUACUCUUCCCGGGUCUUCACGAGCAGGCGACCAGUCACGCAUCGCCCAAUGCACAUGUAAUGAACGGCCAAAUGCGCUUAGGUUUUUCUGGGGACAUGUAUGGCAGAGCAGACCAGUACAGUCAAGUUACUAGUCCCAGAUCGGACCACUACGCCUCGACCCAGCUACACAGCUAUGGCCCCAUGAACAUGAACAUGGCGGCCCAUCAUGGGGCCGGGGCCUUCUUUCGUUAUAUGAGGCAACCCAUUAAGCAAGAACUCAUAUGUAAAUGGGUAGAGCCCGAACAGUUGACGAAUCCCAAAAAAUCCUGCAACAAAACUUUUAGCACGAUGCACGAACUGGUUACUCACGUAACAGUGGAACACGUUGGGGGUCCAGAGCAGUCGAAUCAUGUCUGUUUCUGGGAAGAAUGUUCAAGAGAGGGAAAGCCUUUCAAAGCCAAAUAUAAACUUGUAAAUCACAUCAGAGUCCACACUGGCGAGAAACCAUUCCCCUGUCCAUUCCCUGGCUGUGGCAAAGUCUUUGCCAGAUCAGAAAAUCUCAAGAUCCACAAAAGAACUCACACAGGCGAGAAACCGUUCAAGUGUGAGUUCGAAGGGUGCGACAGGCGUUUUGCUAACAGCAGCGAUCGCAAGAAGCACAUGCACGUGCACACUUCCGACAAACCGUACCUCUGCAAAAUGUGUGACAAGUCCUACACUCACCCGAGCUCUCUACGAAAACACAUGAAGGUUCACGAAGCAUCCUCUCAAGGAUCACAGCCUUCUCCAGCGGCAAGUUCCGGCUAUGAGUCCUCAACACCCCCCACCAUCGUGUCGCCCUCCACAGAAAACCAGACCAACAGUUCAAUGUCCCCAACAUCUUCUGCAGUCCACCACACAUCCAACCACAGCACGCUUUCAUCGAACUUUAACGAAUGGUACGUUUAAGUAGACAUACAUCAAAAAAUUACAAAAACAUACAAAAAAAAACUUUUCACAAAAAGACUCCAAAGUUACGAUCGCGAGGAAUCAAAGACAAAAAAAAAAGCUGCCAAUAGACGCCGGGAGGAUUUUUUCUUAUAAAAAGGAAGAAAACGAAACCUUGAAAGGUUACAUUGUAGCAAAUUUUAAAAUGCAUGUAGGACGAUGAUAUUUCUCUAGUCAUUGCCUAGUGCUAGGGUCGAAGAAAGAACUGAUAAAGCUUUGAAAUUGCAUGUGUUCUAUGGCAGCGGCCUUUUCUCUCCUUUUUGUAAAUAUAGAAUUAUUAGAUUAAGAGUCUAAUGUUUCAAUCUUGUACAUAGGCAUAUCACAGG